UCCUAGCUUCUCCAUCGCCAUUGAUACAUUCUCAGAGCUUGCUAUUAAUUGCUAGCUAGCCAUUGAUGAUGGCGAUCGUCGGCGUUCUCAGUGCCGGCGACCAUGGCGCGAAGGUCACCAGAGCCUUCGCCGUCGUCGUCGAAGAAGAAGAGGACUACUGCUUGAAGGGCGUCCGCCACCUGUCAGACGCCGGCAUUACCAAGCUCCCGGCCCCAUACGUCCUCCCGCCCUCCGACCGCCCUUCUUCUUCCUCCUCCGCCGCCAUCUUACCCAGCUCCGGCGCCGCCAACAACAACAUCCUCAAGCUCCCGGUCGUGGACCUGGCCCACCUCCGCGGGGCCGGCGGCCCUUGGGCCCGCGCCGCAGCCCUGAAGACGCUCGACGCGGCCUGCCGGGAGCACGGCUUCUUCCACGUGACCAACCACGGCGUGUCCGUGGAGGACAUGCUGGACGUGUCCCGGCGCUUCUUCUUCGACCUCCCCUUCUCGGAGCGGUCCAAGCUCAUGUCCGCCGACGUCCGCGCCCCCGUCCGCUACGGCACCAGCUUCAACCAGGCCCGCGACGCCGUGCUCUGCUGGCGCGACUUCCUCAAGCUCGACUGCCGGCCCUCGUCGUCGUCCUCGUGGCCGGCGGCGCCGGCGGACCUGAGGGCCGUGGCGGGGGCGUACGCGGCGGAGUGCCGGCGGGUGGCCGCGGAGCUCGUGGCGGCGGCCAUGGAAGCUCUGGGGAUUGCAGGAAGUGAGCUCCUGACGGAGAAGGAAGAGGGGUCGCAGAUGCUGACGGUGAACUGCUACCCGGAGUGCCCGGAGCCGGAGAAGACGCUGGGGAUGCCGCCGCACUCGGACUACGGGUUGCUGACGUUGGUGCUGCAGGAUGACGUGGCGGGGCUCCAGGUCAUGCGCCGGGGCGGAGAGUGGCUCACCGUCGACCCUCUCCCGGGAUCCUUCGUCGUCAACGUCGGCGACCACUUCGAGAUCUACAGCAACGGGCGGUAUAAGAGCGUGUUGCACCGGGUCCGCGUGAACUCGGCGCGCCCCCGCAUCUCGGUGGCGUCCUUCCACAGCGUGGCGGCGGACCGUGCCGUGGGCCCUGCGCCGGAGCUCCUCGCCGUUGGCGAACCGCCUCGGUACAUGGACACCGACUUCGCCACCUUCCUCGCCUACAUCGCCUCCGCCGAGGGAAAGCACAAGACCUUCCUGGAAUCAAGGAGACUCGACGUCUGAUGACCAUGUUGACUUUCAUCUUAUAUAUGUCCACACAUGCGCACACAUAAAUUCAUUUGUGUGCAUUUGUGUGCAUUGAUUGCAGAAGGAAAUUUGAUACAUCUUUUGUUGGACGGAGGCAGUAAGAUUUAAAAAGUCAACACAUGUACCCCUGCCGGCCGGCCGUUCUGGCUUCUUCUGCAUGCGUUAAUUCCUGGCCAGCUAGCCCGGAGUUGACUUUGUACAGUUCCUCAUGAUCGACUUUUCUAUGUUUGUAGAAUCUGAAAUUACGCGUGUCAUCAAAUUAAAAUGUAAUGGAUGAGUGCAUGCUUGUUGUCAUAAGAUUUGAUUUUCGAACCA